AGGCGGCGGGUCCGUUCCGGCGCGGGUGAGGCGCGAUGGCGGCGGGGCACGGCUGGGCGGGCGCCGUCCUGCUCCUCGCAGCGCUCUGCCUGCAGCCGCCGCCCGCCCGGCCCCGCGGGCUCCGCUUCGUAACGCUGGUGUACCGGCACGGGGACCGCUCCCCCAUCAAGGCCUACCCGCGGGACCCCUUCCAGGAGGAUGCGUGGCCGCAGGGCUUCGGGCAGCUCACGCAGGUGGGGAUGCGGCAGCAGUGGGAGCUGGGCCGGGCCCUGCGGCAGCGAUACCGCGGCUUCCUCAGCGUGAUGUACCGGCGGCAGGAGAUCUUCGUCCGCAGCACAGACUAUGACCGGACGCUGAUGAGCGCGGAGGCCAACCUGGCAGGAAUGUAUCCCCCAGAGGGAGCACAGAUCUUCAACCCCAACAUCUCCUGGCAGCCUAUCCCUGUGCACACAGUGGCCAGGUCUGAUGAAAGGCUACUGAAGUUUCCUUUGACCCCCUGUCCACGGUAUGAACAGCUACAGAACGAAACCCGGCACUCAGCAGUAUACAUAAAUAAGACCAAAGAGAAUUGGCAAUUCCUGCAGAUGGUGGCAAAUGAGACUGGGAUCCGGGAUGUCUCUCUCGAGGGUGUUUGGAGCGUGUAUGACACACUGUUCUGUGAACAAGUACACAAAAUGGAUUUGCCUGACUGGGCGACACCAGAUGUCAUGACUCGACUGAAGCAACUCAAAGACUUUGGGUUUGAAUUUCUAUUUGGGAUCCAAGAUCGGGUGGAAAAAGCUCGUCUGCAAGGCGGGGUCCUGCUGGGUCACAUAAGGAAAAACCUAACUAAAGCAGCAGAUGCUUCAGCCCACCAAGACCUGAAACUGCUUGUCUAUUCAGCGCAUGACACUACACUUGUGGCACUGCAGAUGGCUCUAGAUGUCUACAACAAGAUUCAACCACCAUACGCCUCAUGUCAUUUAUUUGAGCUGUACCAAGAGGAUGAUGGUAACUACUCUGUGGAGAUGUUUUACCGGAAUGAGAGUGGGAAGGAACCUUUCCCACUGACAAUCCCUGGCUGUCAGCAUAAAUGCCCACUGCAAAGGUUCUUGGAACUCACGGAUCCUGUUGUUCCCCAGGACUGGGAGCGAGAAUGCCAGGUAGCAACCAUCAUGCACGACACAGAACUGUUUGUGGGUCUGGCUGUCUGUGGAUCCAUUCUCCUUCUCCUCAUAAUCCUCCUGUUGACUGUACUCUUUCGCAUACAGUCCCAACACCCUGGCUACCGGCAUGUUUCCAACGAGGGAGAAGAACAGGCCUGACAGUUGCUUCGACUCCUUCCCAAGCAGUAGGAGGGAGCAGAGUUGCCCCUAAGGAUGAUUGGGCACCUUCAGUUACUGAGCAUUCUUUUGCUUUGGCCUUUGCUUCCCAGAAUGAAGCGGGACUUGAUUUUUGGAUUCUUGCUAAAGGCAACGUCCCAGAGGGAGAGAACUGAGCUGCUCUAAUGGAAACAACACCUUAAGUCUGCAGCCAGUGUACUGUGUGGUGCCAGCAGUCCUCUAGAGUUUACCUAGCCUGGGAUUCCCACCAUGGCAAACAGGAGCUGAGCAAGAGAUUUCCUCUGUUGAGGUGACUGUAAAUGUUACCACUCACCAUGACUGUGGCAGAGAGGCCUCCAGGAGCUGCCGCAUGCAGUGCAGUCAGGAGCUGCGUGUCUCUUCAGGGUUAACCUCCUCCGAGUGCUUUUCCCUCAAGCCACGGGCUGGUGAUGAUGGUGGGAAGGCUGGGCUCAGAGCAGAGCAGCAAUGCACCAAGACUCAACUACUGGCCAUGCAGAGGGAGCUACAGAUGAUGGCAGAUGGUCAAAAGUGUUUCUUGAAGUUGCUGCCAAGUAAUUGCUACUGGCAACUGGUCUUUCUUUCCCUCCUUACGUUGUAGCUCAAGAGAGGACUGGCCUGGAAUCAGGACAAAACUGGCAGUAGUUUCUAGGAUUCAGCUCAGAGUAGGUUACAUAUGAUCCAAAGAAGCUUUAAGUGCUUCAUUUGAAGAAAGAGAUGAAUUCCUGUGGCCACAGCAAACUCACACCCAAGUUCUUGUGCCACAUUGGCUCUAGAAAGGAAAGUCCCCAUAGAUUAGAAACUUGGGCCCUGGGUAAAGAUUCAGCCUUUGAAUUUCACCUACCACCUCUGAGCUUCAGGUACCUACGACAGCAAUAGCCAGUUCUGCAGGCAGUCCAGAUUUCAGCUAUGAGCCGAAGGAAUACACUUUACCAGCAGAACGGUUUUAUGCUGGAAUUAAAGAGAUGUAGCAGAGCUAUACCUAAGACUAGAUUAAAUACCAGGGUCUGCAAUUUUCCUUCCUACCUUUCCCCGUGGAUGGACAGCAAACAGAAACUGCCCACCUUCACUUGCCCCAGGGUUUGGCAUUUUGUCCAAAGCGUGGUUCUGUUUCUGGGCUGCCCUCUGUACGCAGUGCAGCUGCUGCAGGAGCUCCAUGCCAAGCACCACCUGCCCUGGAGCUCUUGGCAGGAAAGGAGAGACUGCGGCAGGCACCAGGAGCACAGGCUCUUCACAUGGUGAUGCUGCACAUUCACUUCCCACUUUUACUUCCCUUUCUGGUGCUCUUCCCUUCCCGUCUUGGCGGCUGAAGCCUGCGCUUAGGUUACAGACGUUUCCUUUUCUUCCCCUAUUGGAGUACCACGGGAACUCUCCCUCCACCAUAACUAGCAUCUCCUAUCAUGGGAACACUAAAUCAGCAGAAGCAGCUUGCUGUUCUCAGCAUCUUCCUCACCUUUCUGUCCUCUGAAAAUAUAAUCUAGGUCUUCUGCACAGCAAGACAGUCAUGAAGAAAAAGCUACUGCCUGUGAGAACACGCACAAGAAAGAGGUAAUAGAAAGUGCAUUGAAGAGGCCCAGACCUGUUUUUUAAAGUCAGCAAAUUUUGCACACAGAGGAAAGGUUUCUAUGAUGAUUUAAACACUUUGACUGUGAAUGAUUUUCUGUAAUUGUUCCAAUACAUUUCAUGAUUAAAAUCAAAUUUGCACCUAA